AUGAAUAGACUAAAUAACACCCUCUUAACUCUGUCGACCCUGCCAAAGGCUGACCCUUUCGACGUUCUCAACUACGCCUGCGUUUGCCUUGUUCUUGAGAACUUGCACACCAGGGAUCUCCCCUGCGCUCAACAGGUGAACCAGAAUUGGCGCUGGCAGGUAGUCGACUGGAUUCGUACGAGUGGAGUACGCAGGCAUUUCCCAGACGCGCUGCCAGAGAAAGGGGAUAAGGUCGAUGCACUGGACAGGUACAAGCGAUAUGUGAACAAAGGAGCAAGCGCCGAAAGAUGGGUCGCGGGCCUAGCAGUGAAUGCCAAUGGGUACCAAUUGUUUACAGAAUUCAGCACCGCUAGCGAAGGGUUGUGGGCUGCUGGCGAGUAUAUUGGCUACAAGCAAGGCCGCAACCUCUUUGGGGCGCGAGUUGGAUGGCGAGGUGAGGCAGACUCACAUUCAACCCAGACGUCUUACUCAGUCCAAACGCUGGAGACUGCUUUUCCGCCAGGGUUGUCCAAUCCCACCACAAUGACGGUGCACGCGAGAGGAUUGCUAUACGUUACCAGGAGAGACGGCGGUCCUACAGAACGGUACAGGCAAAUUGUCUGCGACCUCAUGAGCGGGGCUAUUUUAUGGUCUGAGACGAUUACGAUUUCGUUUAACGUGGAGAGAACGUUUGGCUCGCGCCACAGUCCGCUUGCGGUUGGACGCGACAGAGUAUAUCAACGUACGGCUAACAGACACCCCGAGGAGAGAGGGAUUCAGGACACCUUCCUCUGGCGACUCGAGGGGCGCGGGGUCCUGGUGCAUCUAUCAUACGACGAGAACUCCGUGGACAACUUCAACUAUGGUUAUGAACGCGAUUGCGAAGGCGAGGGAAACGGCACGUUGUACUUCAUCGAUACCGAGACCGGGAAGAUACUUCAGAAGCUUACCUUCGACUGGUCGCACGACUCUAUCCAGCACAGGUCGGUUCUGGCCAAAGUCUCCGAUCGACGCGAUGAACUGGCCUUUGCUCUCGUGAGCUAUGAUUGCAAGCCGCAUACAUCGCCGCUCACGGCCCGGAUCCAGACAUUCGACUACAGCUACAAGGAGAGGCAAUUCGUGGAGCGUGGCUUGGAAGAGAUCGAUCUAAAGCGCCUGGGCGUGAGUGAACAGAGCGAUGCCUUCGAUUGUGACCCGUUCAAAGGCAUCGUUGUCGCUGCGGACCGCGCAGAGGGCUGUCCUCGCAUCUACCCCCUUCAAACUACCGAGACCAGUGAUUCCAUCAAACCUGUCAAUAUCUUUCUCUACGGCGACCGAGAGCGCCCGGUGCACCCGACGGAGGAGAAUCCAUCCACACAUACAAAUUGCUUUCGUCCAAGAUUCAAGGUCAGCCAAACUAAACAACUGUGCUAA